AUGUCGGCACCACAAGAUUCCAUCCCCGCGGGGUCUGAUCUUCCCGAGAACCUGGACCAACUCAACCUUGGCGACGAACCGCGCCUGGGUCCCGACGGAGAGCCGGCGCCCAAGACGGACGAAGAGUAUGCCCAAACCCAGCUGACCCUGCGUGCGAUCGUAUCGUCAAAGGAGGCUGGUGUGAUCAUUGGAAAGGGCGGAAAGAAUGUUGCGGAUUUGCGCGAUGAGACUGGCGUCAAGGCCGGUGUCAGCAAGGUUGUUCAGGGCGUCUACGACCGAGUUCUGACCAUCAUUGGCGGCUGCGAGGCCAUCUCGAGAGCCUACGCCGUGGUCGCUCGGUCCCUGUUGGAGGGAGCCCCCACACUGGGCAUGGGCGGAGUGGUCCAGAGCAACGGAACCCAUCCCAUCAAGCUGCUCAUCUCUCACAACCAGAUGGGCACCAUCAUUGGAAGGCAAGGUCUCAAAAUCAAGCAUAUCCAGGAUGUGUCUGGAGUGCGCAUGGUGGCUCAGAAGGAGAUGCUGCCGCAGUCCACCGAGCGGAUAGUUGAGGUCCAGGGCACGCCCGAGGGCAUCCAGCGUGCCAUUUGGGAAAUCUGCAAGUGCCUCGUGGACGACUGGCAACGGGGAACAGGCACCGUCCUGUACAACCCUGUUGUCCGUACCCAGACCGCUGGCGCGCCUGGCGUUACCGGAGGCAGUGGCUACGUACAAGAUAGGGCCCCGUACGGCGGCUCUCGCGUGACGCGGACAGGCAACGGUGCCGACUUUAGCAACGGCGGACCCCGUGGCUUCUCCCGCCGAUCGGAUUCCGACGCUGCCACGCGUGCCCCGCCGACACACGACGAGAACGGCGAGGAGAUCCAGACCCAAAACAUUAGCAUCCCUGCCGACAUGGUUGGCUGCAUCAUCGGCCGCGGUGGUGCCAAGAUCAGCGAGAUCCGCAAGACGUCGGGAGCUCGCAUUUCUAUUGCCAAGGCUCCUCAUGACGAAACCGGCGAACGUAUGUUCACCAUCAUGGGUUCCGCCAAGGCCAACGAGACGGCGCUUUACCUUCUCUAUGAGAACCUUGAGGCAGAGAAGACGCGCCGGCAGAACCAACCGGCCCCAUCAUCCGAGUAG